CUAGGCUUAUUCUUGUACAGAGAUUUUAGGAGGAGCUAGGGCUUAUAGGUAGGCGUGCGCGAGGUGGGCGGCGCCAUGGUGCAGGCGAUCAAGGGCGUCCUGGUGAGCUGCGACAUACCCAUGGCGCAGUUUGUCAUUCACAUGAACGAGCAGCUCCCCGCGGCCCAGCAGUUUAUCAUCUACGUGCUGGAUGACACUAACAUCUUCGUGCAGCCCAAUGUCGUGGACAUGAUCCAGAAGCGGCUUCAGGAGUUUAGGGACCAGAACACGUACGAGAAACCACUCCAGGCUUAAGCACUUUUGUAACCCCCUCCUCCCCUCUUUCCCACCACCGCCAUGAAAGGCCUCCUGCCCGACAGCAGGAGCAUUUUCCUCAACCUCGCCGCUCGGUGCUUUGUCAAGGGCCUCCCAUGCAAACGCAAGCGAGCGGACCACGCUACCAGCAAGCAAGACCGGACGAGAAGGCGCACGGUUUCCCCGGCCGCGAGCAACGCUCACCCCAUCAGUGAAGAGGCCGUCAGCGUUCAACUUGUGGACGACAACAAAGCCAUGGUCCGGCUUGCGGCCAACCAGACUCUUGCGUUUGAUGGAUGUGCCAUGGUGUGCCUGACCGAAGGAAGUGCUUCCAUGCAUGGUUACUCCCUUAUUCGGGCCACGGAAGUUCUUGUGAAAUCUUGCUCGACGCUAUGCUCGGCUUUAACAUUCCAGACGAGCCAAGGCGGGUGCGUCCUCCGUUUCAGCUCCUGCAGCCUCGAGCAGCCGGAUGACGACUCGCUGUCUUUUACUCUCGAAAUUGUCGAUGACUCCCGCUCA